UUUCCCAUCCCUGGAGUAAAUCAAAGUGUAUUAUUGCUGUUUUUUUCGUCUCCAAUAAUAGUGAAGUGAAAAAUUUUGUUAUGAAAAUCGAUUGAAAUUAUUAAGACUAGAGCAGUGAAAAUUAAAUUAUUAUGGAAACCGUCAUUUUAUGUUUUCUUUGCGGAAAUGAUACCGUUAAACAUAAUCUCGAUUUUUACAACAUACAAUCUGCCGUUGUACCCGCCUCACAGAAGCCACUUCACGUUGUCCUUCAACAUUUGGCAAAUUGUAUCAAAUUUAAACUAAUUUUUCAAAGCGAAACUUAUAUUUGUGCAGAUUGUUUUAAGGAAAUGUCCGAUUAUGAUGAUUUAAUGUUAAAUCUUCUUUCGUCGCAAAAACGUCUUACAGUUUUGUUGCGAAAUGCCUUAAUGGAGAAACCAGAAGAGGAAUCCGAAGAACCCUCCACUCCAGUGGAAGAUGUAAAUGAGCAGUCUAUGGAUAUAGAGCUGGAAUUUGAAGAUGAUGAAGAGGAGGAAGAUCCCAGUCUUGUAGAUGCUUUCAAUCCAAAUCUUGAUACAAAAGAAGAAUUAAUUGAAAUCGAUGAUGAUGUUAUUAUAGAGGAAGAAAUUGUUGAUAAUCAGAAGCUUAACCCUGGAACAAACAAUCCCAAAAUAGGCAGCAGUAGUAACUUAACUCAAGUGUCGGAAAAUAGUGAAGCAAAACGCAAACGUAAUAGUCUGGAGUGUGUUAUUUGUGGCGUAAUUUUAAAAUCGAAAUUUCUUCUGCAGAAUCAUAUGAGCGAAUGCCAUAAUGUUAAGCAAUUUACAUGUAAAAUUUGUGGAGUAUCCAGAAAAGAUGAAGAAUAUCUUGAAUUACAUAUGAAUAUACAUGAAGGCAAGACAGAAAACGAAUGUCGCUACUGUCCCAAGCGUUUUACUCGUCCGGUCAAUACUUUAAGACACAUGCGAAUACAUUGGGAUAAGAAGAAGUUUCAAUGUGAAAAAUGUGGCGAAAGAUUCUCUUUAGACAAUAUGCUCUACAAUCAUCGUUUGCGUCAUGAAGCUGAAGAAAAUCCACUUAUUUGUGCAAUUUGCAAUCAAUCUUUCAAAUCACGCAAAACCUAUACCCAUCAUCUACUCAUACAUCAGGAAAAUCGUCCGCGACAUCAUUGCCAUUUGUGUCCGAAAUCAUUUACCGAACGUUAUACACUUAAAAUGCAUCUGAAAACACAUUGGGGUGAUAAAUCGUCCGCAAGUCCCAGCAGUACGAUUGUCAGUAGUAAAGCUUCUCCGGACGAGAAGGAAACAGAUAACGAGGAGACUAUUGGUAUAUUAGUGGAGAAUGAUAGCUAUGAUGGUGAUAACACUUGUGUCAUUUGCAAUAAAAAGUACGAUGCUAAGGAAGGUCUGGAACAGCAUUUGCAAGAUGUUCACGAUGUAAUUCUUAAAUAACUUUGUUAUUAUUUUUGUAAUGAAUAUUAUUUUAUUAAUAAAAUAUAUGAAUGUUUUAAUACCUUA